AUGGCGCUGCAGUACGUGGAGGCGCAGCGGCAGGCGCGGCCGGACCUCGCCGACUGGUACGCCGACCUCGCCGACCUCUACCAGCGCAAGCUCUGGCACCAGCUCACCCUCAAGCUCGACCAAUUCCUCCAGAUCCCGGCCGCACAGACUGGCGACACGCUCAUACAGCUCUACAACAACUUCAUCUCCGAUUUCGAAACAAAGAUCAAUUUGCUCAAACUUGCCCAGUUUGCCGUCAUAGCCUCGCGCCAAUAUCCCGACAAGGAUGCCGCCAUCGCCUUCCUCGAGGGGAUAAUCGCCAAGCUUCUUGAAACCAGGGAGCUGCGGAUCAAUGAGCCUAUCCUUCAUGUCAAGAUGCAGAUUGCGGCAAUUCACCUCGACAAAGGGAACCACAAGGAGUGCAAGAACCUGCUGGAGGAAGGGAAGACCACCCUGGAUGGCAUGACUGAUGUGGAUCCUACGGUCCACGCUAGCUUCUACUGGAUAUCGUCUCAGUACCAUAAGUCGCUCCAAGAGUUUGCUGAGUUCUAUAAGAACGCGCUUCUCUAUCUGGCCUACACAACCGUAGGGUCUCUCUCAGGGUCAUUCAAGCUGGACUUGGCAUUUGACCUUUCCCUUGCAGCCUUGCUGGGGGACAACAUCUACAACUUCGGGGAAUUGUUAGCUCACCCUAUUAUCAAUAGUCUUAUUGGGACCAAGGUGGAGUGGGUCUAUCACAUGUUACAAGCGUUCAACACCGGCAACCUAGCUCUCUACCAAGAGCUUUGUGGGGUUCACAAUGCUGCUCUUAGUGCACAGCCUGCAUUGGUGCAGAAUGAACAGAAACUGCUUGAGAAGAUCAAUAUUCUGUGUCUGAUGGAGAUAAUCUUCAGCCGGCCAUCAGAAGAUAGAACUAUCCCAUUAAGUGUUAUUGCCAAGCAGACUAAGCUUUCAACCAGCGAAGUGGAAUGUCUUCUUAUGAAGAGCCUCUCGUUGAAACACUCACAUAUUUCCUGUCCAUUGCAGGUUCAUCUCAUAGAAGGAAUCAUCGAUGAAGUCGACAGCACGGUUCAUGUUUCGUGGGUCCAGCCUAGAGUACUUGGCAUCCCACAGGUGAAGGCGUUGCGUGAGCGCCUGGACUCGUGGGUCGGCAAAGUGCAUACCACACUGUUGUCCAUCGAGGCAGAGACCCCCGAUCUCGUGGCGGCUUAG